UGUGUCAGUUUUGUGUUGUGCGUAGUUGUGGUUCAGUUUCUGAUGGCUUGAUUAAUUUGAUUAACAUUUUAUUUUUCCAUUAUAAUUACAUAUUUUGGUUAGAGCUUGACCGACGAUGGCUCUGCUGCCGCCCGACCCGGUUUUUACGAUAAGAAACGUGGACAACUCUCCAGUAUACAGCUUGGCUUUUAGUUUUCUACCGGGCGGGCUCGAGAGGUUACUCGCCGGCUCAAAAAACGGAUAUGUUUAUGCAUACAACCUUCAGACUAACCGGGUGCAGCAAAAGAUCAAAGUAGGUCAAGCUCCCAUCCUUCAUCUUAUUCACACAGACAACCAACUGAUCACUCAAGAGAAAGGCGGUAAAUUCAAAAUCUUCAACCUAACAAAUUCUGGAUACAAAGAGGAGCAGAUUAUAGACAUUGAUUACCCUGGAUUUUGCCGUUUUGUAGCCAACACAGAACUCGAAACACUCUAUGUACCUGAUGGGGAUGCCAGAAUACAAAUUUAUAACUUCUCUGGGGAAAAAUUGGGCAUUCUGAAACCUGAUGAUAAUUCACCCAAACUCGGAGAAACUAUGUGCAUGAAGUUGAUUGAAUUUCCAAAUGACAAGCCCUGCCUUCUUGUGGGCUAUGAGGCAGGUUGGCUACUCCUAUGGGAUCUCAACACUAGUCAAUGCAUUGGCAAAAUGCAGACAAAGGAAUGUCCAAUGUCCGUCGAUUUCCAUAUCGAACAACAAAGAGGUAUAAUUGGCAAUGCCUCGGAUGUGAUACAAAUAUUUAGUAUAAGCAAAAAAGACUUCAGCCUGACCCACAAAAUGGAUGUGGGUAUUAAAAACCCGGGGAUAAACAAAGUUAGUACAAGAAGUGACGGCAGAGUAUUCGCUUCCGGCGGCUGGGAUGGGCAUAUCCGUAUAUUUUCUUGGUUUUCUCUGAGACAACUGGUCGUACUUACUGAACAUAGACAGGCCGUACAGGAAGUCGUUUAUUCCGAUCAAAAAGUUUCCUAUUGGAAUGCAAAUAUAAUGGCCGCCGGUGGCCUAGACGGUGCCAUAACAUUAUGGGAUUUGUAUAACACUAAGAAAUAGUGUUAUAAUUUUAAAAUCACAAUUUCAGCAAAACAAGACAUGUAAUACAUAUGCACCAGAAAUAUAAAGUUAUCGAACCAUAUUGAUGAUUGAUAAUUAUGACAUUAUUUGCAUGACUUCUAUCAACAACAUUUAUUUUUAGCGAUAAUUUAUUUUUGUUGAUCAUCAAUGUACGGAGGAAGUGAUAAGAAUUAAAUGUAAAUUAAUCUGAUGCCGAUAUUGCCUUAAUUGUUAUACUUUAUGAAAUGCUUUAAAUAAUUUUGUGAUUAAAAUUAUGGUGCGUAAUGCAAAAGUAAAUCGGAUCUCUAUGAUGUACAAGUAACAAAUAUCACACGCCUGGUUGUUUAGAAAUAUUAAUUUGUUAACAAUAUGGCGCUGACUGUAUUAUAUAACAAAUGAUUUAAAGCAAUGUUUUUGAAGACAUUAAAUGAGAAUGAAAU